GCCCGCCCAGGGCCUGCCCGCGCCGCCCGGGGCCGGCUCCGCAGCGGCGGCCGUUGCUGCAGCCGCCGCCGCCGCCCGUGCAGCGCCGCCGACGCCGCCGAUGCCUCCUCCUGCGGGGGCUCGGCGAGGAAAAUGGCGCCGUCCCACGUCCUCAAGUGCUGCCAGAAGGUGCUGGCCUGGGUGCCUGUGGCCUUCAUCGCCCUGGUCGUGGCCUGGUCCUACUACGCCUACGUGGUGGAGCUGUGUGUGUUUACUAUUUCUUCAACUGCAGAAAAAGUUGUGUACCUUGUGGUUUUUCAUCUGUCAUUUGUCAUGUUUGUAUGGUCGUAUUGGAAGACAAUUUUCACAUCUCCUGCAUCCCCCUCCAAUGAGUUCUGCUUGUCAAAAGCUGAUAAAGAACAAUAUGAGAAGGAAGAGAGACCAGAAUCCCAGCAGGAGAUUCUGAGAAGAGCUGCUAAAGACUUGCCUAUCUAUACGACAACAGCAUCACGAGCCAUCAGAUACUGUGAUCGAUGCCAGCUAAUCAAACCUGACCGCUGCCACCACUGUUCUGCGUGUGACAUAUGUGUACUAAAAAUGGACCACCAUUGUCCAUGGGUGAAUAAUUGUGUGGGAUUUUCUAACUACAAAUUCUUCCUCCUGUUUUUAAUGUAUUCCUUACUGUACUGUCUGUUUGUUGCUGCUACAGUCUUGCAGUACUUCAUAAAGUUCUGGACAAAUGAAUUGCGAGAUACCCAUGCAAAAUUCCACGUACUAUUCCUUUUCUUUGUGGCAGCCAUGUUCUUCAUCAGCAUAUUGUCGCUCUUCAGCUACCACUGCUGGCUAGUUGGCAAAAACAGAUCAACAAUAGAAACAUUCCGUGCACCCACAUUUCGAAAUGGCCCUGAUAAAAACGGCUUUUCUCUUGGAUGUGGCAAAAAUCUAAGGGAGGUUUUUGGAGAUGAAAAGAAGUAUUGGCUGCUCCCUGUUUUUACCAGUUUGGGCGAUGGGUGUAGUUUUCCAACUCGUUUGGUGAUUAUGGAUCCAGAGCAACUAACUGUCUCAAGCCAAAAUGAACCUGCCAAAAGCUCUGGAGCCAAUCAGCCCUUUCCUCCUCGACCACUCAGUGAAUCACAAAAUCGAUUGCUAGCCAGUGAUGGUCAAUGGGUAGAAAGUGGCCCUGAAGAGGAAAAUGUUAAAUCAGGUACAAAAAAGCAUAUUAUAGUUUCAUUGGAAAGCUGAUCUCAGCUUAUUACUAACCAACCAUCUCAAUGAGAAACAGGUUUCUGCAACACAUUUUGUGCUUGAAUAUUACUUAAUUUUGUUUGGAAAAAGUUGAUCAGUAAAAAAUGGAACAUGAGCAUUUUAGGAAGAGACAAGAAAUCAAGUUUCUGCACAGUCCAAUGGAUUCUUGUAAGCACUAUUGCAGAGCAGGGAAGUUAAGACAGAUGCCUUAAGAUUCUUAACGUGCAUUUAUGCAGCACUGAAUUAUAUAUAUACUGCUACCAAAGGGCCAAAUCCUGAAGUGCCCUGCUUGGAUGUACAAGGUCCAGAGUGGGAACUAUGCAUUUCUGUUAUGCUGCGGUGAUGGGGGUAGAUCUGCAAGGACUCCUGCCUCCUCACAGGCGAUCGUCACACCUUAGGCACUGCAGAAGUCACUUCCAUAGCAGGUUCUGCAGAGAACAGAAAGAAAGAAGAAAAAAAUAAAGAGGGGGAGGGGUUGGAUUGUGGGGGAUUGACAGAGUGGACAGAGUGUGGCUGAUGAGUUUGAAAUGCAACUGUCCAUAGCACAAACACCGGGUUUUGUUGAAAGGAAGGGACUGGGUGACGUGUUCAUGGUUGUAGCUCUCCAAGUAUUUCAGGACUGAGGAUUCCUUCUACUGGCUGUGCUAUGGAACAAGGCAAUGCCAACAAAGCAAAAGCCUUUUACUUGGUGUUGCUUUUUUGCUAUAGAAUUGAGCCCCCUCAUCCUUUUAACUUGAUUUAUUUAACCAUAUCAAGAGCAUAGCUCAAAGAAGUGAACUGUCUUUUAGCUGCAAGUACAUGGAUUAUUACUUUUCAACAAUUGCCUGUCAGCAUACAAAGAAAAGCCAACCCAAGAAGAAAUUAACAAACUGUUACAUUUUCUGUUAAUGUCAGCAGUGUUCUGUAUGAAGCAGUAACAAAAUGGCAAAGUACCCCUGAGAAAAAGGUUAGUGCAGUUGUGUGUUGUUAGCAAAUGGAACUGGAAGAGUACUGCUUUUUAUAUGGGACUCUUGAUGGUUUAUAAAUACUGUUUUAUACUUUUGUUUUAUCUUUUUAAUAAAGGCACAAGUUUUUAUUGGUUCUAAAGUACCAUUUAAACAAAUUUCAAGUAAUUAUGAGAAAAUUAGCAUUGGAUCAUGCACUUGUGUUACCACACCAAAACUUUGUAUGCUUUAGUCUGCCACUUUCAAGUCUAAGUGAUACUGAACUGCUAAAGAUGAGUGCUUUGUGUAAUGAUGUACCUUGUUCACAAAAGGCAAAAUGUGUUUCCUGUGUGAGGAAUAAAGUCCAUCGUAAGCUCAA